AUGGCAGCAGUUAUCACGACAAAUGCUCUCACCAUUCUCGAGAACUCUACCCUCAAACACCCACCCACCACCGCCGGCCCGACAAGCCACUUGCCUCCGCCAUCGAGCGGUGUCGUCUGGAGUGCGGAGAGCGGAACCAUCUUUCUGGCAUCCGCGGAUGGAAGUCUAGCUCGGUAUCAUGUUGCCUCGGGAACCUCAGAAGACAUCGCGCUUUCUGCUCGAUCAUCUACCGGACCCAUCACUUCGCUACUGUGCAAGGACCGAGGGAGCACCGUCAUUUAUGGCCAAGGACAAGAGGUUGUGGUCCUUUCCACGGUGACUGGGAAACCUGCCAAUACCUUCAAUACUCACAAGGCUCCAAUCACUUCUCUGUCGCUGUCCAAUGACGCCUCUUUGCUUGCGUCCACCUCCGCCCGCGGCAUCCAUGUUCACAACCUCACAUUAGCCUCGCAUACCAUUCUGCGCGGGAUCCCAAGCGGGAGCGACAGCAUCACUACCUGUGCAUUCCACCCGCACCUACGAACGCGCCUCCUCGUCGGCCUAGGCUCGCAGCUGCUUGUGUACGACACUACCCGACCUUCAGGGCCCGCGAAGACCAUCGACAUUGACAAGGACAAGAAGAACCUGGGUCAUAUCGUAGCUGUCUCUUGCAGUCCCUUCAGCAAGACGCUGGUAGCGGUUGCUUGCAGUGGCGGUACCGUCGCACUCGUCGAUCUUGAGAAGGAGAAGGGGUUGUUCAGGAUGGUCGCCAUGCCUGCGCCUGUUACCUGUCUAUCGUUUUCCGCGGAGGGUGCGGCUGUAUACGCCGGGACGGAGAACGGCAAGUUCCUGCUUCUCGAUCUCCGCGCUUUGGACAAGCCUCCAAAGUCGAUCACUGUGAGCGAUAACGGGGACCAAGUGGUUGCCAUUAGUGUUCAGAAGAAGCUCAAGCCAGGCGAGGCCCAGACCAAGACUGCAACGACGACUGCAACUGCCACUUCAAAGCCGCUAGUCCAACGCGACGUUAACAAAGCAACGGCGACCGCCCGUUCUUCUGGUGUCGUCGAUGCGACCAAGAAGCCACUCGACAAGGACGCUGGUAAGACACUGCCCAAACCCACCAGACCGAGAGCGGCUUCUGGAACUACCAGUGCAGGAACCACGACACCUCGACGCGCUCCGGUCCGCAGCACGACAACUGGAACUCUCGCCGCGGCGCCUGCAGGAAGGAUCGCGUCGGGCAGUCGACCUGCCGUUCGUGCUGGACCAAAGUCGCCUGUCACGUCCCGUCCUUCGGCUUCCGAAGCACCAUCGCGAGCUUUCUCGCCACCGAAGUCGCCUGUCAAUCAAGCAGGCAGCAAGGACGAGAACGCAGACUCCGGAGAUGUAUCAGCUAUAGUUCAGAUUGAGAACUUGCUGGCGCUGCCUCGGGCGAAGGAACCUGUUGUCCCCGCCAUCAUCGAGGAGGCGGCAUCGGCCGCCGUGCCCCCAAGAGCGUCCUCUGCACUCUCCCGUGCUUCGUCUCGCUCCCAGAUGAGAGAAGGGAUGAAGGCACGCGCACGAAAUGUUGCCGAGUCGAUAUCCCGUGCGCCGACUAGCGAGUCUAUCUCAACCGCGGCCCCGCGCAUGCGCUCCGGGUCGACGACGAGUGUUGCUAGCCGCGCGAGCAAAACCUCCGUGAGGUCAGCUGUUGGGAGGACCUCGGCUAGUCCUAUACGCACACAGUCUCGACGCGUUUCGGGCUCCACGAUCUCGCGGUCCCAGACGCCGAGCCCGGACCUCCCUGACAUUGACGACGCCGGGCCCGUCACGCCUAUUCCCGCGUACAAGAUGAAGGGCAAGGAGCGUGCGGCUCCCGCUGCCGGGGUGCUUGGCCUCGGCACUCCGGAGGUGGACGAGUGGGUCAAGGCGGGCGAGGGCAACGAUAUGCGGAAGGAAGGACGACGCGUCGGCUUCGCCAGCCAGAGCGACGACGAAGCAGAGGAAGACGACGACGAUGGGGCACGCUCUCGAGCGAGCGAAAGCGAAGACGACGCAGACUACCAGCAGGCCGCCCCGUCCGCACGCCCACCGCCCGAACUCGCGAUGCAGGUCUCCCCCCGACGCUCCUUCCCCGGACCCACACACCCAGGCGCAAACGCCACGCGCUGGGCGCCCGUGCCCUCCCCGCUGCGCAACCCCGCGCCCGCGAGCCCGCAGGCGCGCGCGGCACAGGACAUGCUGCAGGCGCUCCUGCGGGACGCGCUGCACGACUUCCGCGCGGAGACGAAGCAGGAGAUCACGGGGCUGCACCUGGACUUGAUCCGUAUGGGCGGGAGCUGGAGGCGGGAGAUGCAGGAGGCGGUGGGCGGGCUGGGCGAGGAGCUGAGGGCGCUGAGGGAGGAGAACCAGAGGUUGCGGGAGGAGAAUGAGAGGCUGCGGAGGGGGUAUUGA